CUUGAUCCUUACUCAUUUGUCUCUCCUUCCGCCUACGACACGGCUUGGUUAUCCAUGAUCGAAGAAGACAACAACGUAGGUGAUGAUGAGCUUAAACCGAUGUUCCAAGAUUGUCUAGACUGGAUUAUGUGCAAUCAAAACGCAAGAGAAGGUUUCUGGGGAAACUCCGGUGGUUAUACUCAAAUGGCUGAUGCCGAAGCCGAAGACGGCGAAGAGGACAUGUACAUUCUCACCUCUACUCUUGCUUGUGUUGUAGCACUUCACAAAUGGAAUAUUGGGUAUUUUCAUCUCCACAAAGGUGCAAGAUUUAUCGAACGAAGUACGGAGAUGAUAAUUGGGAAACAGAUCCACGAAAAUGGAUCUUAUCCUCGUUGGUUCGUUAUCAAAUUCACUGGAAUCCUAGAGCUUGCUCAACAACUUGGCUUACACUUUGUCUUCUCUAGUCGCUGCGUCAAAAUGAUCAAAGAAAUGUUUUAUCAACGCCAAGAGAUUCUCAAAAGAGAAAAAUUGGUGGGUGAUUGUAACCAUAAACCUCUACUAGCCUAUCUAGAGGCAUUGGCAUUGAAAUUAUAUGUUGAAAAUCAUGAAGACACCAUUGUUAAGAGCCUCGACAAUAUCGACGGCUCUUUGUUUCAGUCGCCUUCAGCAACUGCAUCAGCGUUUAUGAUCACUCGCAACGCAAAAUGUUUAGCUUAUCUUCAAAAUCUCGUUCAAAGAUGCCCUAAUGGAGUGCCACAAAAGUACCCUCUCAAUGAAGAUCUCAUAAAACUCUCCAUGGUUAAUCUAAUCGAGAGUACUGGUUUAGGAGAGUUCUUCGGUAGAGAGAUUGAACAUGUUAUUCAACAAGUUUACAGGCGCCACGACGAGGAAGAAGAUGUCAAGAACAAACCCAUGAGUUACGUAGCAGAUCAAUUGCACAAAGACUCUCUUGCAUUUCGGAUGCUAAGGAUGCAUGGUCGACACAUCUCACCUAGAAGGUUUUGCUGGUUCAUGAAGGAUCAAGAAAUCCGAUGUAAUUUAGAAAGAAACAUAGAUUCUUUCUUGCCAAUAAUCCUAAGUGUUUACAGAGCUACGGAUCUCAUGUUUCCGGGAGAGUAUGAGCUUGAAGAAGCAAGAGAGUAUACUUGGAGUUUACUCGAGAAACGUCGGUCUAUCGACGAAAGAAUGAUUAUGCAUGAAUUAAGUACUCCAUGGAUAGCUCGACUCAGACACCUUGAUCAUAGAAUGUGGAUUGAGGACAAGAACUCAAAUGUUCUCUCAAGCGGAAAAGCUUCCUUUCUAAGACUACAUAGUUCAUAUAGCAACAAAGUAAUUUAUCUUGCUGCAAGAAAUUUCGAGUUUCAACAAGCCAAAUAUCGAGGCGAGCUGGAGGAAUUGACAAUGUGGGUAAAGAAAUGGGGACUUAGUGAUAUUGGUUUCGGUAGAGAGAAGACAACAUAUUGUUACUUUGCAACUGUCACUUCGUUGCCCUAUGAAUAUGCCAUCAAACUUAGUAAGCUUGCAGCAAAGAGUGCCAUCCUCAUCACAGUUGCCGAUGAUUUCUUUGAUGAAGAAGGUUCUUUAAAUGAUUUGGAAGCUCUAACGAAAGCAGUCUUAAGAUGGGAAGGAGAGGAGCUUAAAGGUUACGGCAAGAUCAUUUUUAAAGCACUUGAUGACAUUGUAAGUGAAACUGCAGAUACUUGUCGUAAGCAUCACGGGACCGACAUAAUCGUCUAUCUUCGCAACAUCUGGGGUGAAACAUUUGAGUCAUGGCUACGUGAAGCUGAAUGGAGUAAGAAGGGACACACACCGCCCAUGGAAGAAUAUAUUCGAAACGGAAUGAUCUCAAUCGCAGCACACACCGUUGCUCUUUCCAUGUCAUAUCUCAUAGAACCUUCUUUUCCCCAAGAUAAACUCAAACCCGGAAAUUACGAUUAUAUGACAACAUUGCUCAUGAUCAUACCUCGACUCUUAAAUGAUCUACAAAGUUAUCAGAAGGAACGAGAACAAGGGAAGAUCAAUUCCGUGCUGCUCCACUUGAAGAAUCAUCCAGACCUCGAGAUUGAGGACUCGAUCGCUCAUAUCGAAAAGAUAAUCGAUUCGAAAAGGAAAGAGUUACUGGAGCAUGUACUAGUAGAUGGACUAAGUGAUUUACCAAAACCAUGCAAAGAGAUUCACCUGUCUUGUUGUAAAGUCUUCGAGAUGUUUUUUAACAAGAAGAACCGUUAUGAUUCGGACACGGAGAUGCUUCAAGAUAUCAAAAAGGCUCUCUACGAUCCUGUGAAUGUUUAUGAACAAUCAGAGAUCGAGCCUUUGCCACUGAUGUCACAUGGUGAUGACUUUAUGAUUCUUCCUUUGCUUUUGAACAGCAUGCCAAAUAUUCUUGAAUAUAAGAAGGACGAAUACGGAGCCAUGAAAACAUCUAUGUGCUUGAGAAGAAGUUAUCGUGUUCAAAAACGCUUUAUGGUCUCACAGCUUGAUGAUCAUCGUAAGCCUCUCAAGAUUGUCGCCUCGCAGCGGAAUCCGGCACCAAUGAUCCAACCAAUAUUCUCACCAUGCUUCUACUAA